AUGUUCAGAAUUAUUCUCUUGUUUUUCUCCGUCUAUACGCUUGCUCCACUGGCAACUGGCGCUGAUACAGUCAUCAGUAGGGACAGUGCUCCUGGCCCAGGCAAACAGCUCUACACCUUGGUUCUCAAAACGGGCACAGAAACCAGCGCCGCUGUUGACUUUGCAAAAUCCAUUUUGAAAGUUGAUGGUAUGCCUACUUGGGUACAAAUCGACAAUGAGUUCAGAUCAACAACGAUCGAAGCCUCACCCGAGCAGGCUGCAGAGUUAGCGACUCACCUUGAUAUCGAGCGGUUAGUUCCGGUGGAAAUCGCUACUCACGACCAAGGCGUAUCAGGGGGAGAAAACAUUCCGAAAAAGGGGUACUAUAUCAACGCUAUCGAAUACCGGAACCGAACCCAAUUUGAAGCCACGAGUUUGGCUCUUAAAACCCUUUUGAAUGAAGAAAUAACCGAAUUCAAAAGUAGAUGGAUGGUUUACCUGUCUGAUGAAGACAAGUCUCGUGCUGAGUCUGUCGAAGGCGUAAGGUCGGUGACGCCAAUGAAGGCAUGUGUGAAAGGUUCAUACGCGGUGGAAACAAUCGACAGGGAUGACCAGGAUCAAUGUAAAGCAACAGACUCAACUAUCAGAAGCCUCCUUGGCGAUCGUGUGAGGACUGUAUGGAUACCUAAUGGAAACAUCCAGAAGUGGGUGGUACACAAUGUGUCUUUCGAACAGGUGUCACAGAUCGAGAGCAUCAACGGUGUUCUUGCCACCCGACCAGCCCUCAAGGGGAGGAGAGGUGGAACCACCACCCGUUCUGCAGAACUGGCACAUCUCCUGCGAGAGGAAGAGGUCAAGUACGAAACGCAGAAGAACGCUGCUACAGAAUUAGUUGCCAUCAGUCAACCAAGCACAAUCCCAGAAUUAAAUGAUCUCGGAAACUACGUGUAUGAAGAACACCAAGGCGGCGCAAGCUUUGUGUAUCAUAUAGAGACUGGGGUAGCCUUCAAGGUUCAGAGCCAGGAAUUCCAAAAUGUUGCUGUUGAGCAUCUCCUCAUCAAGAAGGCAAUAAAGUACCACAACGAACCUUGGGUGGAUGAUAACGAUGAUCCCGACGAUAGCGAUGAUCCUGACGAAGACGACGACGAUAAUAAUGCCGACGACACUGUUAGCAAGGCUGAUGUACCUAAGAGUGACCCAUGGUAUUCGCAUGGAACUUGUACCGCUGGGAAGGCACUCGGAACUCAAUUUGGUGCUUCCAAGAAAGCCACUCUCAUCGUUGUCAGAAUUCACCCUGUAGAUAAUUUGGAAGUUGAGGCAGCAUUGGAGUUAAUUCUGAAGGAUAUCGACAACCAUCCUGAACGGCGCAAGAGAAGUGUUGUUUCGAUGUCCUUGUCAAUGGGUACAGAGUGGGGCGACGAGGAUAUCAAUGCCUUCAAGGAUCUGGCUCAUCGGCUAAUUGACAAGGACAUCCCAUUCGUGUGCAUCGCAGGCAACAUUGAAGAAGAUCCUCCUCAGCCUGAGAUAGAUGAGUACCCGCAACUACUACAGGGCGCCGACUUACCCAUUAUCGUGGUUGCCUCUGUUGAUUCUACCGGCAGCCUAUCCGAAUUUUCAAAGACAGGCCCACAGGUCACCAUUCACGCUGUUGGCCAAGAUGUUAAAUGUCUAGGAAAAGAAGACGAUGAUAUGUUGGUAAAGAACGGUACAUCUUAUGCUGCACCGAUAGUCGCCGGUGAGAUCGCGAAUCUUCUGUCAUAUGAGACUGUGCCAUUCGAUACAAGUGAUGGAAAUCUGGUCAGAAAUCUCAUAGAUUACCUUCAAUCUGAUGAGGGUAGCUGGGAGCGAUUCCCGGGCAUACGUGUUCUCUGGAAUGGCGUCGAAGAGGGCGACAACCCAAAGGAGCUUGUUGAGUGUAAUGGGCUCCUAAGUGGUGUCUAUGUCGAGAGUGAUGCCGCCCAGGAACUUAUCGAAGAGGACUUUUGCCCCGUUCAAGCGAAACGGAACGGACUUCACCAGCAGGCUGGUACAGUCUCGCGCACCUACAACAUCGACACGCCAAAUAAGGUCACUCUCUCGUACACUUUGGAAGAAGGAACCAGUAUCAAUACACAAGAAUGCGUUAAGUAUCUCAUGAAGGCCUUGGACGGCUGUGCAUACGAAGACAACAAUGUUUCCAAUUACAAAGGCGGCGGCCAGGUGACAGUCGCCGGUUCUACUUACAGCCUAUCUCCUGGGUCCCUACGCUCGCCUGCCGGGUUUGGCAAGCAGGGAGGAUGCGACAGCGCGUACAAGUUGUACUUCAACCGGUACUGGGUGUGGGGACACGGCUGGGCAAGUUCGGAUCGCGGUGAGAUUCUCAAGGAAGAGUUGAAGGGCUGUGCACUGUUACCCAACACCUGGCAUUUCACUUACGGGUUAGGCGAUGAUGGACGCGAGUGGACGGCUGAGUUUCGGACUGGUGUGUUUCAGAAGGAAUGUGUAGGGCAUGCUGUGGUCACGGCGUCAGGUCUUGAUGACCUUGAAUGCCACGGUACUGGCUGGUAG